AUGUCUGAUCUUCUUAUCGAUGUCCAAAGUUUACAAAGUUUAAUGAGUCUUUUGGCCACUAGUGCCGAGGCCACUGUUGAGCCAAAGAAUCAAAAUGUUCGUUUUGUUGAAAGUAUUAACCUCAAAGGGUAUAUGGACAAGUCUUGUAGAGGAUGGAUAUUAAACAUCAACAAAACUACGAAACAUAUGUUACGUUUAGAUGAGGUUAAAAGUCAGUUACACGCGAGUACUAAAGCUGAAGAGGUUGACGCCAUUGUUCAAGCAUUAAACAAUAGUGAAAUGGACCCAGAUUACGAACGAGAUACUUAUCCGAUUGGAACGGUAAUCCAGAUAUUAACACGAUUGUUGGCGUAUUCACUUCAAUUUAAAAGAUGUAUGUCAUCUUCACCAGAUAGUCGCCUUACUUCAGCUGUCGUUGCUGUGUCAGAUUACAGACGUGCUCAGAUUGAUCUUUCAAAUCCUUUCACUACGGUAGAGUGGAGAACUUUAAUAUCAGAAUUUUUGGAGAAAAGUCAAACUGUGUUACGAUUAUCUGUAAAUCCUUUCAGCAAUCCGACGGACGACCUUAAAGCUAUUCUUGUAGGAAGUUCUCCCUUCCGAGUUACUGGUGGCGGUAUACAACCAUUAGACACUGAAGCCACCUAUGCAGAAAAUCUUUAUCGUCAAGCAUCAGGACAAUAUAAACUCUUUAAUGGAGCAAGCCACAGAGAUGCGAAAUUUAUCCAAUUCGGAUUCAAGGAGUAUGUGCGUCAUAGAAUUCCAGUAAAAAGGGUCAGCAAUGGGGCAUAUUGUUGCUAUAUGGACCCUCUAAAGAAUGUUUAUUACUUUACAACCAUUUCUUUCGAUCCAUUUUACUUCAAUGUCCUAAAAAACCUUCUCAUUCAUGAAAUUGUUACUGGAAAAGCUGCAUACAUUCAUACAGCUGUACAAUUAUGCAUGAGUAUGUGUACAUGUGAAGAGGAUUUCAAGCUAAUGAAUGAAUACGGUAUUAUCCAGUGGGACUUUCCAAUGGAAGGUUACGAAUCAUUCCGUGAAAAGAUGAAAGAGUUAUUGGAUGUUAUGUGUUGUUGGAAAUUUUUGAAUACCUUGAAUUGGCACACUGAAAUGGUCAAGAUUGCUCGUCAUAAGGAUAAAAUAAAUGAUACAUCCAACUGGAAUGACUUUGCAGCCACUUGUUAUUCUGGUGGUGUAUUGAAGAAAGAAUUAGAUACAGUAAUAUACAAGAAUCUUUCUUAA